CAUUAUCAUGAAAUGGAAAAAUGUGCUUUACAGGAAUCGUUCUUUAAAUGCCCUUCGGUUGCUCAAGCUCCUUCAGGUCUUCAAUCACAACUAAGCCCUGCAUUUGAAGAUUGUUUGAAAAGAAUUGAAAAAUAUUUUUUAAACCAAGUUCUGUCUACUACUGUGGAUUGUAUUAAAUGUGGAGUAGUAAUCAAUAGUGAACGUGAUCAGCUAUUUAUUAUUUAUUGGUGUGACUGGAUCUUAUCAUAUUUUAAUGAUGAUGAUGAGUUACUAAAAUUGGCAAAGUUUUUAUAUGAAUACUUGAGCACUUUAAAAGAAAAAGUUGAGAUAUUUGACAAUCUGGAAACUGAAAAAGUUUGGAUUUCACAAUUGCUUUCGUCGAAAAAAAAUAAAACUAAACAAACACCAACAAGAGCAUCAUGUCCUGCAUGUCCAACAGGCAGAUGUACCAAAGGGCAUGUUUGGGAUCUUUGCUCUAUAACUUUAAGCGUUGUGGCAGAUAAGCACGCGAGAUCCUGUAGUAAUUGUAAUCGUAAAAUCUUGGCGGCAUCAGAUCCUUAUAGGCAAGUGGAUGAACAAUCCAUUGCGUCAUCAGUAAUUGUGAAAGCAAUUAUUGAAACUUGUGAAAAAUGCUUUUACUGUGGAG